UCACUCAGGUCAUGGUCGCGCAACGGGACUGGGUUAUUUUCCCUUUAAAUAACUUGGGAGAAUUCCUCGCCCUCCCUCCGUUUACUCCGGAGCGAACCUCGUUUGUAUUUCAGAAAGCAGGCGCAUCUCAAUGGUCCAAGCACGGGGAGGAAGACCUGCGAUUAUUACAUCCCGGGCUAGCGUCCGGGCAGAGUGAGGGUGGGAGCGAGCGAACGAGCGUGAGAGAGAGAGAGAGAGAGGGACGAGGAUGACGGACCUGGACGCCACCAGCGGAGGGGAGCCGCAUCCCCAGUACAUGAUCUUCCUCCUGGUCUUCUUCUUCUUCCUCACCGGCCUGCUGGGCUUCCUCAUCUGCCACAUGCUGAAGAAGAAGGGAUACCGCUGUCGCACCGGAGACCUGGAAGAGGAGGAAGAGUGCAAGGACAAGCUGGCGCCAGAUGACGGACCAGAGGAAAAUCAGGACACCGUGGAGCAAAUUUUGAAGUGCAUUAUCGAGAAUGAAGCAAAUAUGGAGGCCUUCAAGGAGAUGCUGGGGAACCAGAAUCCAUGUGAGCAUAACGUUGCAAGCAGGCUGCCACGCAAGGAGAGCCUCGGGGGGUUGCCCCCGCACCACCACACCGUCCACUCCGGCGCCGACCGAAACUCCUGCCACCUCUGCGCCCAGAACCGGUCCAAGAAGGCUCGGCGUCGGAACCGCGUUCCCCGCAGCAAGGUCCGGCCCGGGGAGCAGACUGUGUUCUCCGUGGGCAGGUUCCGUGUCACCCACAUGGAGAAGAAGAACAGCCUCCAGGGCUCGCCCAACCUGCCGGCCAAGGAGUCCGUCGACCACUCUGACAACACCGAGCCCCUGGACGACCAGGAGGACCCGGCGAAGUCGCAGGAGGGGUACAACCUGCGCAACAUGUUCAAGCAGGUCAGCCCCACCAACGGCGUGGUCGCCGUGGAGACCAAGCGGAAAAAGAGCGUCACCCUGUUCCCGCCCUGGAAGAGCAGCGAGCCGGCGGCGGCGGCGGCGAAGAAGCCCCAGGAAACGGCGGCGGCGGUGGCGGCCGUGAUGGAAGUGGUCAUCGACGACGACGACGACGACAACGGCGACUGUCCCGACUCCACCGAGCAGCCGGAGAGCCCCGUCCCGCCGCCGGAAGAGGGCACGGACACCGACGUGCCGACCGACUCGGAGAUGGCGGGGGACAAGGUCGCGGCGAACGGGGGGGACAAGGUCGCGGCGAACGGGGGGGACAAGGCCGGAGCGAGCGCGGAGGACAAGGUCGCAGCGGGGGCGCAGGCCGCAGAGGACGCGGGGGCGGGGGACAAGGUCGCCCCGAGCGCGGAGGACGCGGGGGCGCCCGAGCAGCCCGCCCCGGCGCGGAUGCGGCAGUUCUCGGUGGUGCGGACGGGGCAGAGGGCGGAGGAGGCGGCCAUGCCCGGCGAGUUUGGCAGGGACGACAUGGUGGAGAUGGAGGACAUUAAGGACUGCAGGGUGAGCCUGGAGGAGGACAGCCGGCCCUCGUGGGAGGAGAAGAGGAGGUCCGUGCACACCCAGCACAAGUGGUGAGAGAGCUGGGGCGUCGGGGGAGGAGGGAGGGGGGGGGGGGCGCCAGCAAGGUGGAGCCCAGUCCCCGUGCCACAAGGCAGGGGGGGUGGGGGGGCAGCAAUACGGCUGGACCCGAGCCACGCCAAAAACUACGCCCCCGGUCACUCACCGGGCCCCUGACUGGUACGACCCACGUGCCACGGGCAGUAUUGAGAGCGGGGGGGGGGGGGGGGGGGGCCUCCAGCCGAGGGGCGGUCCGACUGGCAUCAUCAGUCAGCGCCGCGCUGUAGCUCAACGUGUCGGGCCGACGCGCGCGGAACUUGUCAGACAAAAAAAAAAUUAAAUAAAUACAGCUACUAUCAUAAUCGACUUCGCUGGCCCUUUGCUGGAGAGCAGAAAAGCAGUGGGUGAGAGACACUCACCUCGCUCACCUGACUGCAUCGGCUGACAGUGAAGAAGAAACGUCAGCCAGCACCGGACGCUGUGUCCUCUGUGCAGUGUACCCUGCGGCUUGACCGCUUUCCAAAACUGAACUCACGGAGUCGCAGCCACAGGCUUCCCUUGGAGGAGCUCCAGGCUUCCGUCUCUCAGCCUGUCUGUUUUAAAUCCUCCACUCUUCCCUGCACUUUCCAGCCCUGGCCGUCUCAGAACGGGCGAGGCAAUAACCAGACGGAGGGAAGGUUUUGACGUCGUACAGGAAGAUAAAAGUAAACAGGUUUAACUGAAGGGAAAUGAUAAAAUCUCACGUUUGCUAUAUGACGGAGGGUCGUAUUUCAGGUGUCUGCAGCCCUGGUUCUGGAGAGCCACAGGCUCUGCUGGUUUUCAUUGCUGCUCUCCUUCGCACUUAGAAUUGAUCGAUUUAUCAGUUAAUCAGCAGCUAAUGACAGUUAACUCACGUCGCCUGGUUACUUGGGUCUGAAGUGGGUGCUGAUUUUGAGGUGAAAACAGGACCAGGUGGGUCCCCAGGACCAGGGCUGCAGACCCCUGCCUUAUAUUAUAAUCAGACAGACAAUAAUAUCUUUUUUUUAUUUAAAUUAUUUAAUGUUUAAUUGAACAUUAAAGUACAUGCCAGUUCAGGUACACUCCCCAUGUUUUCACACCGCCCCCCCCCCCCCUACUGGGACCCAUUACGGAAAGAAAACCAUCUGGACAUUUCACCACAUAUUACAUCACAUGCAUUUCCUACCUCCCAUAAAAUCCCCACGUCCCCUUCCAUGAAAUGUUUUCAUACAGACAUUUUCAGUCAUAUUCAGUGGAGCAGCCCAAAGAGAAUCUGGUACUGAUGUAACUCCAGGCGAUCUCUUAGGACGACGUAACCAAAAAGGAGUCCAGAGACGACUAUAUAAAUAUGAAUCAAUUUUUCUUUUUAAAUGACUGCUGUAAUAUUCUUACUGUAUCCGGGUAAAGUCACAGAUAUUGAUAUAAUACUUGGGAAUCUCAAAAGCAGGAAAAGUCAAUAAGAACUGGCCUGUAUAUUCACCCCUCGAUUCCUUCACAAUAGGAAGAAAGUCACUUUCCUAUUCUCUCUCUCUCUCUCUGUCCCUCCCUCCCUCCUUCCUUUUAAACCCAGUACUUCAUACAUUCACUUAAGGUUACCCUGUGCCUUUCUCAGUCUAAAAAUACAUCUGCUACAUCUCUUCCACUAAAAAAAAAUAACAAACAUGAUAAGAAAUAGUUAUCCUAGCCACCCGUUCAACCGGGGUCUGUCGCACCCUGCUGCUCCAAGUGUGUAUUACACCCAAACUGCUUCCUCUUACCCUGAGUAGGGGUGACUUCUUUUUCCCUUAAACUGAAUAUGCACUAGUCUCUCUCUGACUGAUACACACCUGUUACUUACAUGUGAUACACACACACCUGAGCAAACAUAACUCCAUUAGCCCAUGUAGACAUUUUACUCGACUUCCAUACUCAUAAGAUACUGAAUACCAUUUUUUUUUUUUGCUAUUUUUUGUUUUUUUAGUAGAUCAACAAGUCCAUCAGAGCUGUACAUACUAUAUUUUAUCGGUUUUAAUUUAACAUAGAAUUUUCUAAAUAUGCAUACUGGGAUUAUAUAAUUUUAUUCAUGAAAACUGAAACAUGUUGAAAUGAAACUGCUGUUGUUUAAGUUCCAUUAUUAUAUGUGUUUCUGUUUGCUAUAGACUUCUUUCAUAAAUACAUACGGUAAUCUGUAAAUUUCAGGGGAGGAAACACAAACUGUGAUCCAUAGCUGAAUGUACAUGCUUAAUUAUAGAGGUGGCUGGGGUGGUCUACACCCACUAAAGGUGUAAAAAGAGAUUUUUAAAACUAAUAAUAUUAUACUACAGUAUACUAUAAUUCGUAAUGAGAAUAUCAUCAAAAUCACCUCUAAAAUGGAAAAUAUUAUUUAUUUUUUGAAAUAAUUUAUUCAAGGUUUAGUGGUACGAGAAGGUAACCGACACUUUGGCUACGUAUCUACUGGCUCAGCCACUAACUGUUCACCAGCAACGACAGUGGAAAAGGUGCACGGGAAGGUCACGUCUCCACAUCGAAGCACAUCCACACGCAGCCGCAGGACGCCGCGUUCUCCGCGGACGCGAAGGGCACGAAACAGAAUGAGUGCGAAUUGAAAUAAGCACACCCACCGGUCACUGGCGCACGGCACUUUUCUGCUGGGGUCGGACGAGCGGCCGUCGUCUCUCAGAAUCACGCGUACGAGACCACGUUCACCACCCCACCCCCCCCUUCCCGCAGCAGUCUGCACCAGUCCACUGCGAUGACAAUACCGUUUCUCAAUCAUGUUUAAAUCCUUCACUUCCUCGUCUGUUGAUUGCAACUACUAUAUAUAAAUGUGUUCGUAAUAGUGGCCUUAAAUAAUCCAUAUACUGCAUGUGACAUUGACAGAAUCGAGCUGGAAUUAUUUGUAGAGAAUCAAAAAUAAGUGAAAAAAAAAUGCAUAUAUCUGUGUUAUGAUUAUAUAUAAUACCUAUGUACCUUAGGUAACGAAUCAUGUUAGUCUCAAACUUGGAAAUAAAGCUGUGCAAUGGUAUUUGUUCUCAUGACUUUAAAAGGACACAAAAAUAAAAGAAAGCUAUGCAUUUUUACCAGC